AUAAAGCUGAUUUGGAAAGUUGUAUUGGACUUGUUGUAGAGAAUAAUGCGGCUCAAUCGUAUCUGCAGCAUUUUGCAUCAGUUGUGUCUUUUGUCGGCUACUGUUAUUUCAGGUUUGCAACCGCAGGAUUCCGAGUCGGAGAUAUUUUUCCCCGAGGUUCUUCCAGACACCAGUCCACCGGAUCCCGACAGACCGAACGGCCGAGGGGGAGAUGCCAGUACGGGGAGCAGUUCUCGGGAGGUCCGCUCCAUUUCCAACUGGGAAGAGUACGAGUCGCAAGAGUUAUACCACUGGGAACCUCCAGGACCGCAAACGCUGGCUUCCACCGGUCUGAGACUGAAAAUCCAAGCUUUUGGCAGGGACCUGCAUCUCAUUUUGAAGAGGGAUACCCGUUUUCUGUCCCAGAAAUUCAUGGUGGAGAAUAGACCGAAAGCACGAAAGGCAUCUCCGCGCGACUCGCCAGUUCCUUCCUCUGCCAACGCGGAGACUGCAUGCUAUUUCAGCGGGACUGUUCUCAAUUACGCAGGAUCCCUAGCCUCAUUCAGCACCUGCGCCGGGCUGAUGGGGUUCAUUCAGCUCAAUGAGGAUUUUUUAUUUAUCGAGCCUCUGAAUCACACUCUUGCAGUCACGGGGCAUGCUCACCGGGUCUACAGGAGAAGGCGCUCCGCGGAGGAGAGGGCAGCCAAACAGAUGAUGCCCAAUUACUGUGGAGUCAUUCCGGACAAGCAGAAAAAUAAAAGCAAAAAAGUGCCAGAAGGUGGUGGAAGAGGGAAAAGAUACUCAUACAAAUUACUGCAUGAGUACAACGUGGAAACUCUGGUCGUUGCUGACCCUGCAAUGGUCAGUUACCAUGGCUCAGAGGCAGCAAAGCGGUUCAUACUUACCAUCAUGAAUAUGGUUUUUAACCUGUUUCAACACAAGAGCCUUGGCAUCCAAAUCAACAUCCGCUUGACCAAGCUCGUGCUGCUCCAGGAGACUCCGGCUGACUUGUACAUUGGGCACCAUGGUGAGAAGAUGCUGGAGAGCUUCUGCCGGUGGCAGCACGAUGAGUACGGUAGGAAGAGCAUGCACUCGGACUUCUCUACAAGAUGGCGGGACGACCUUCCCUCUGUGGACACCGCCAUCCUCAUCACCAGGAAGGAUUUCUGUGUGCAUAAAGAUGAACCAUGUGACACCGUAGGCAUUGCAUAUCUGAGCGGCAUGUGCAGUGAAAAGAGGAAGUGUAUCCUGGCAGAGGACAACGGACUCAACCUGGCCUUCACCAUCGCCCAUGAGAUGGGCCACAACAUGGGCGUCAGCCAUGACAACGACCACCCCUCCUGCGCCGAUGGCCUGCACAUCAUGUCCGGCGAGUGGGUUAAAGGGCAGAACCUGGGCGACGUGUCCUGGUCCCGCUGCAGCCGCGAAGACGUGGAGAAGUUCCUCAGAUCCAAGUCGAGCAGCUGUCUUCUGCAGACGGACCCCCUGAGCCUCAACUCUGUGAUCCUGCCUUCCAAACUGCCGGGCCUGACCUACACCGCCGACGAACAGUGUCAGAUCCUCUUUGGCCCCACGGCUUCGCUCUGCCAGAACAUGCAGAACAUGAUGUGCUCCGGACUUUGGUGCCGUGUCGAGGGGGAGAAGGACUGUAAGACCAAGCUGGACCCGCCCAUGGACGGAACUGAGUGUGACACAGGAAAGUGGUGCCGUGCUGGGGAGUGCGUGAGUCGAGGUGUCCCGCCUGAGCCGGCUGUGGGGGAGUGGAGCUCCUGGGGGCCCUGGGGAGCCUGCAGUCGAACCUGCAGCACAGGGAUCAGUGCCCGCCAGCGCAAGUGUGAGAACCCCAGAUCUGGUGGGAAAGCCGAAGACUGUGAUGGUCUUAGGAUACAGUACAAGGUUUGUGACAACUUGCCCUGCCCUCCGGGUGUACCUGGGUUCAGGGACCUCCAGUGCCAGACCUUCAACCGACCCUCCCUCCACUGGUACUCCAUCAUGGAUGACGAGAGACCCUGCACCCUGUUCUGCUCCACAUCCGGGAAGGAGCAGCCUGUUAUCUUGGCAGAGAAGGUUCUGGAUGGGACGUCUUGUGGCCCGCAGGAGUCUGGCAUGUGUGCCAACGGGACAUGCCAGAAAGUGGGCUGCGAUGGAAUCCUGGGCUCGUCGUCCAGAGAGGACCACUGCGGGGUUUGCAAUGGUAACGGGAAGUCCUGCAAGGUCAUCAAAGGGGACUUCAACCACACCCGGGGGGCAGGAUACGUGGAAGCAGUGGUCAUUCCCAAGGGAGCGAGGAGGAUACGGGUGGUGGAGGAGAAGCCAGCGCAAAGCUACCUGGCCCUCAAAGACACCAGCAAGCAUUCCAUAAACAGCGACUGGAAAAUCGAGAACCCGGGCUCCUUCAACAUCGCCGGCACCACAGUCCACUAUGUCAGAAGAGGAUUGUGGGAGAAACUGUCAGCCAAAGGCCCCACCACCUCCCCUCUGCAUCUUUUGGUGCUCUUGUUCAAUGACCAGAACUACGGAAUCCACUACGAGUACACCAUCCCGGCAGAGCCGUCACCAGAACCGCAGAGCGGACUGGUCACUAAGGCCAGUGAGCCCCUGUUCAUGUGGACCCACUCAGGCUGGGAGGACUGCCAUGCUGUGUGUGGAGGAGGAGAACGAAAGACCAUUGUCGCCUGCACUAAGAUCGUCAACAAGACUACCAGCGUGGUGGACAACAGGAGGUGUCGCCACCUGACCAAGCCAGAGCCCCAAGUGCGCAAAUGUAAUGAGCAGCCAUGCCAGACAAGGUGGAUGAUGACGGAGUGGACGUCCUGCUCGCGGACGUGCGGGAAGGGGUCCCAGAGCAGGCAGGUGGCCUGCACUUUGCAGCUGCGGAACGGCACCCUGGUGAAGGCCAAGGACCGGGACUGCGCGGGCCCCAAACCCGCCCCCACCCAGCGCUGUGAGGGGCAGGACUGCAUGACCGUGUGGGAGGCCGGCGUGUGGUCUGAGUGCUCAGUGAAGUGUGGCCGGGGGGCGCGGCACCGCCUGGUGAAGUGCACCAAUCCGCGCAGGAAGUGUGACCUGACGACCCUCCCGCGGGAGGUGGAGGACUGCGAGGACUACUCCAAGUGCUACAUAUGGAGGACAGGAGACUGGGCCAAGUGCUCCGUCACCUGCGGCAAAGGGAUGCAGUCGAGGGUGAUCCAGUGCAUGCACAAGAUAACGGGGCGCCACGGCAACGAGUGCUUCUCCUCUGAGAAACCCGCAGCGUACCGCCCCUGCCACCUGCAAGCCUGCAACGAGAGGAUCAACGUCAACACCAUCACCUCGCCUCGACUGGCUGCCUUAACAUUCAAAUGCCUGCGGGACCAGUGGCCGGUGUACUGCAAGGUGAUCCGGGAGAAGAACCUGUGUCAGGACAUGCGCUGGUACCAGCGGUGCUGCGAAACCUGCAGAGACUUUUACGCACAGAAGAUGCAGCAGAGAAGUUGACACCUCCAGUGGAACUGAUCGAGGUGCCCCCUUAUUUAUAUCAAGUGCACUUACAAGAACACGCAGGACGAACAAAGACCCGCCGCUUUCGACCAAGCUGUCUCAGACAACUUCAUCGCCGUAAUUUAUUUCCGAUUAUCCGCAAGUCGCGUCCCGCAGCCAAUUUGUCGACGCGGAUACGCUUUACUCUUUUUUUUUUGAGCACACCUCAUGAGGUAGAUAUAUCAGUAUGUUGUAAGCUACACAGUGUGUAAGCAAUUGCUAUCGCACACGCAGAAAUGUCUGUCCGCAUGACAG